UAGCACAAGCAGAGAAGCGAGCUGAUGAGAAAUGAGAUUAAUGGCUUGCUUUGCCAGCCGUCUGAUCUCUGGCGGUUUCACCGGUCAUACCACAAUGUAAAUGGGAGCCAGGAGAAGAUCAGGCUUCAGCGGAGAGCAGCAAGGUGGAAUGUGAAUACGCUGUUGUAAACUCACUUGUGAAUCCUUAGGGAGUUUGUCGCUUUAGUUUUUGCAGUUCAAUGUCUCGAUGACAAGCUAUUUUAGAGCAGUUUUCAAUCCCAAUACCUCAAGCAGUUCCAGCAGCCCAACAGAACACGACUGCUGGCCUCAAGAAGCCGACAGUGACGAACAACAGACACAGAGUUACUUUAAAAAGAUUAAAAGAAGUCGCGGUUGUUUAAACAAAUCAAAGCGUCGUAGAUCACCCGGAACACCAAGGGCUCUGACCCAAAAUAUUAAGGACCUUAUGUCCCCAGAGGGCCCAAACAAAGGACACAAAAAGGGGCCUUGUUGUCAGGGUCGUAUAGAAGGCACUUCUUGGGGUAAUACAGAUGAGAGUCCUGGUAGUUGUAGUGACAUUGACAAUAAUCUUGCUACAUUAAGCCACUCCUGUAGUGAUUGCCCCUACACGCCUGGGUCUCCUGUCAUCAAUGUCACAGGACGGAUAGCGAAACGGAGAAAAAGAUGGAACUCAAACUCAGAGAGCUCCUCAGAGAGUAAUCAUCUUUCACCGCGGAAAUGCUCGGCAGAUGAAAUAUCCGACCUCGAGCCAGAGUUUAUUCCUAAACUGACGAACGACUCUAUGGAACUGACAGAAGAUGAACAAUUUACAAACGUCAUUCUUCAAUUUUCAGAAUCGUGUCUAGACGAAGAGCCUUGCACCCAAGAGGAGAACAAAAAGACAAGCUGUGCAGCCGGAGAUAAAACCCUGUCUCUUCCUGAUUCAUCUGUGUAGAAUAUUUUAAUUUACCAUAAAUAAUUAACUUGCUGCUGGGCAGCAAAUUUUGACAGAAUCCAUGCCUAAAUGGUACCCAGUCUCUUUGAAGGUCGAUUUAGCUGAGAAUGGGGCUGAGCUCUACUGAAAUGUAGACUUUGUCAUUUGAAUUGUAACAGAACCUUUAGGCAAAUGAACACCUGCUAUCGCUUAGCAACGACACAUAAUUGAAUUGCAAAUAUCAAAGUUUUAUCUUUUUUAUCGUAAGUUUUAAGCGCUCAAACAUUCAUAAUUUGUGGCUCAUAGGCCAUCAGCAAGUGUCAAUGAAAUUUGUAUUCUAAUUUCUGGUGUUAUGAUUGCGUCUGCAAUAUAUUUAUUACAUUGAAUCUCAUGUUAAUCCAGCGCUGGUAUUGCACGCUUGUUUAUGAAAAUAAAUCUUAUUUUUUUGUAUAUUAU